UCUCUCUCUCUCUCUCUCUCUAGAUUCAUUACUUCAGUCUAUCAAAGCAAGAGAGAGAAAGGAACACUUCUGUUUAAUCUCUCUCUCUCCCAAAUUGGCAUCAGACUCUCUCUGUCUCUUUCCAGCUCUCUCUGUCUCUCCCGCACUUCGAACUUGUUCUGUUUCAUGCAAGAUUCACAGAAAAGCCAUAGACGCACAAAAUGUGUGAGGUCAAAGUUAUGGCGAUCAGAAAACCUUGGUACCGGAGAGCAAUGGAGAUCGCGAUGCUGUGGAGAAUAACAUCGAUCCUUAAAUCCAAUGAAAUCCGGAACCCGUCAAACCCUAGCAGCAGCAGCAGCAAGGCGAAGCAGCUGAGGAAAUGCACGUCGUUGAAAGCGGCGGCGUCGUUCACUAGGGUUUGCCUCUGCGCUCCGAUCUCUCAGUACGACGACGUUUUCCGAUCGUACGCGCCGCCGAGGAGGAGCUCGAGCUAUCCGCCGUCGAAGUCGAUCCAGGCGUCGUCUCCGGCGAUCGGGGUGAGGAGCGGGAGAUUGAGUACGGAAUCGGGGAGGAGAAUAUUCCGGGGGGAAUCGUUGAGGGAGAACGCGUUGAUGAGGAGAUUCGUGGCGGAGGAAGAGGCGAUGAUGCAGAAACGGAGGAGAAAUCAGAUGGAGAUUGUGAGGAGAAGAAAUCAGAUGAGGAGGAGGAAGCUUGGGCCCAGCUCUCUUUCUCGCAUGGUUCUCGCCGAGGAUCAAGAGUGUCAUCAAUGGUGAUUUUUGAGAAAUGGGUUAAAAAAUUGGGACUUUUGUUUAUUUGAAUUUUUUUUUUUGCACCUCCUCUCCCACCAUUUUCCCCCAAUGUUAGUUUGAAAUUGUUUUAGAAGGCUUUUUUUUUCGGAUCAAAAGAAAGAUUUUGAUGAGUUUU